AUGAUAAUAUCAGCUUCCGGCGCAUCUGCCCUUCAGAUUCAUUCAACUUCUGAUGCAGAUUUUCCACUCGUUCAAACGAUACUGGCUGCACACAAAAUCGGAUGCCAUCAUGUCGUCACUUCGAGGAACGGCCUGAAAGCUGCCAGCGUUGGAUUUGGGGGCGAAAUCAAGACCUGGGUCAAUGAUGACGGACAGUGGUGUGAAGAUACAGCUUUAUCAGAUGCCUUGAAAGAACCAGACACAUGGGCAAUUGCCCUAUCAGAUGAUGCUCGGUAUCUCGCUGGAACUACACAUAACGGUCAUGUCAAGGUCUGGGACUUGAAUAGCAAGGGCGAACAAUGCAGAGAUUACGAGACCAAGGGAACCUUUGGGUCUUGCAUCGACAUGUCAAGUGAUGGGAAGUACAUCGCAAGCGGUCAUCAGAGUGGAAGUAUUUACAUGUUUAGCAAUGAAACUGGCCGACUUAUAAAACCAGUACGCGCAGUCGCAUUUUCUCCUGGCGGGAAGCUACUCGCAGCAGCCGGCGAUUCCAAAGUUAUUGUGCUGUAUGAUACAGAAUCAGGCGAGCAGGUGACUCAACUCACCGGCCACUCGGCGUGGAUUUUAUCUUUGGACUGGAGCCAUACUGGUGAAUACCUUCUAAGCGGAUCGUUCGACGGCAAGGUGAAAGUAUGGUCUGUUGAACGCCGAGCGUGUGUUGCAACACACUCAGAAACGGACAAAGCUGUAUGGAGUGUUAAGUGGUUACCAAAGGUGGGCAGAACCGAAGGAUUUGCGACUGCUGGUGCUUCUCGUAGCAUAUCCUUCUACAGGGAAGCAACAGGUGGUUAG